AGAUCGUGGACACGUGGACUACGAGCGUAACGUCUGCGUGGAAUUAACCUCCGAAAACCAUCAUGGCCCUAAGAGAGGUUGGAGCGGAGGGGAUCGACGGCACGGAUGAGGUCCUUUUCCCGGAAUUCGUGACGGAAGCGGCCCGACGGAGGACCUUUCGCACCUGGCUCAAAAGCUCGCCGAUUAAGCCACAAGAUCUGGUCGAUGCUGGCUUCUUCUACACCGGUAGAUCAGACCGCGUGAGGUGCUUCCACUGCGGCGAGGGGCUGAGGGCAUGGGAGCCUGGGGAGGAUCCGUGGACCGAGCACGCGCGCUGGUCUCCCCAAUGCGGUCACGUGAUUCGGAUGAAGGGCGAGGAAUUCGUCGCCCAGGUUCAACGUGGAUUCUUGACCGGCGUGGACGAACUUCCCAGUCGUGUCCAUGAGGGACGUGACCAGACCGACUCGGCGAUUCACGAAGAGCAGGAAUUGAGUGGACUGCUAGCACAACUAUGGCCAACGAGCGGCACGGUAGACGAUCCGGAAAACUCGUGUUCCCAGAGGAAAAACGACGAGUUCGACAAAUUCGGGGAAUUCGUGGCAGCUCAGCUGCGAGCGAUGCCCGUCGAGCGCGCCCUUCUCGCUCAGAUCGAGGUGCAGGAGGUCCUCCAGAGAGUCCGGCUGACGCGGGGGCACGUCCCUCUCGCUCGCACUGAUCCUCGACCUUUUCCGUAG